GUUAAACAAGAGACAUUUGAUGUGGAAAAAUUGAUUCAACUGCUACUUGAAUCGAUCAGUGACAAGUUGCGACCACUGAAGCUGGCCGAGACCCGUUUGAAAGAACGAACACAGCGACAGAAUGUCGAAUUAUGCUUUGAUGAGGCCAUGCGAAAUUUGCAAAACGAAGUUGUCGAGAUUCGGGGUGCUAUUCGAAUGCUUAAAGAUCGUGCCAAACACGCUGAAAUGACGUUAUCACGACUGAAACACAACCAAUCCGGUUUGGAAAACGAUAUAGCAGUCAAAGAGAACUCACUUCAGAUCGAUCAACGUUGUUUGAACGCGCGGAGGACAUUCCCCAUACGAGAUAAACGAGGCUCGUUGUUCUCCUUACCAGUAUGCUAUUAA